AUGUCGGCUCAGAACUCCGCGGGCAUUCAGACCCUCCUCGAUGCUGAGAGAGAGGCUCAGAAGAUUGUGCAGCAAGCCCGAGAAUACCGCACCAAGCGGAUAAGAGACGCCAAGUCCGAGGCUCAGAAGGAGAUUGAAGAGUACCGCAACCAGAAGGAAAAUGAGUACAAGAAGUUCGAGGCUGAGCACUCGAGCGGAUUCAAGACAGCCGAGGCCGAUGCGAACAAGGAAGCCGAGGAGAAGUUGAAGGGAAUUGAGGCUUCUGGUAAGAAGCAGGGUGACAAGGUGGUGGCGGACCUGAUUAAGGCGACGACCGACGUCAAGCCCCAGGUGCCCGAGAAGAUUGCCAAGGCAUAA